GUUUACCUUGCAGUCCCCGCUUCUGUUCGUUAUUCCCAUACAGAUGUCAAAGUGCCUGACUUCUCCGACUAUCGCCGCUCUGAAGUGUUAGAUAGUACAAAGUCUUCAAAGGAGAGCAGCGAGGUUAGGAAGGGUUUCUCCUAUUUGGUAACUGCAGCUAGUACGGUGGCCGUCGCAUACACUGCCAAGAAUGUCGUCUCCCAGUUUGUUUCCAGCAUGAGUGCCUCUGCUGACGUGCUGGCCAUGUCGAAAAUUGAAAUCAAGUUAUCCGACAUCCCGGAAGGCAAGAACAUGGCCUUCAAGUGGAGGGGCAAGCCUCUGUUUGUGCGCCACAGAACCAAGAAAGAGGUGGAGCAGGAAGCCGCAGUGGACAUGUCCCAGCUGAGGGACCCACAGCAUGAUUUAGAGCGAGUGAAGAAACCAGAGUGGGUCAUCCUGAUAGGUGUGUGCACGCACCUCGGCUGUGUACCCAUUGCAAAUGCAGGAGAUUUUGGUGGUUAUUACUGCCCUUGCCACGGGUCCCACUAUGAUGCAUCUGGCAGGAUCCGGAAGGGGCCUGCACCCCUCAACCUCGAGGUUCCUUUCUAUGAGUUCACCAGUGAUGACGUGGUGGUUGUUGGCUAGUACCUGAACUCGAGUGGUAGCCUCUUUCGGUCUUCAUGUCACCUCAGAAAAGUGUUUUGAGAGCAGGUCUUCUGUACUUCAGGUUUUUGAUUUGUACUAUUAAGAUUUGUUGAUAAUGUACUUGCUAAUGUUAAUGUGAAGUAAAUUGAAUCUAAUGUUCAACACUUUCAAGCAUUCACCUAAUAAAGCCACUGUUAAUAUUGUGGGGCUCGAAGACUUGAGAGGUGCGGUGUUUUUGAUAGUUACUUCAAUUAAAAGUCACUGGCUGGUGUACAAGA